CACUCCCGAGCAGGCGCGCGCGCUCUGGCGUUCCUGGGCGUCCGCGGGAUUCGCCAGGUCUCGGCCUUGCCGCGCGCUCGUGCUCACGCUCGUUCCCGGGUUCCCGAGCCCGGAGAGCUCGGGGGCGGCUGCGCGCGCACUGCACAGCCGGGUCCCCGCCCCCAGGCGCAGCGGGCUCCCAGGCACCGGAGCCAUGUGCUCGUUAGCGUCCGGCGCUACCGGCGGCCGGGGCGCUGUGGAGGAGGAGGAGGAGGAGGACCUGCCAGAACUGUCAGACAGCGGUGACGAGGCCGCCUGGGAGGAUGAGGACGAUGCCGAUCUCCCCCACGACAAGCAGCAGACCCCCUGCCUGUUCUGUGACAGGUUAUUUACCUCUGCUGAAGAAACGUUUUCACACUGUAAGUCUGAGCAUCAAUUUAAUAUUGAUAACAUGGUUCAUAAACAUGGACUUGAAUUUUAUGGAUACAUUAAACUAAUAAAUUUUAUUAGACUUAAGAAUCCUACAGUUGAGUAUAUGAAUUCCAUAUACAACCCAGUGCCUUGGGAGAAAGAUGAGUAUUUGAAGCCAGUACUAGAAGAUGACCUUUUACUUCAAUUUGAUGUAGAAGAUCUUUAUGAACCGGUGUCAGUCCCAUUCUCAUACCCCAAUGGGCUCAGUGAAAAUACAUCCGUCGUAGAAAAAUUGAAACAUAUGGAAGCCAGGGCACUGUCUGCUGAAGCUGCAUUAGCUGGAGCACGUGAAGAUCUGCAGAGAAUGAAACAAUUUGCUCAGGAUUUUGUGAUGAACGCGGAUGUCAGAACCUGCUCGUCAUCGACGGCUACCAUUGCAGACCUCCAGGAGGAUGAGGAUGGUGUUUACUUCAGCUCUUACGGGCAUUAUGGGAUACACGAAGAGAUGCUGAAGGACAAAGUACGAACAGAAAGUUACCGCGAUUUUAUAUACCAGAAUCCACAUAUCUUCAAAGACAAGGUGGUGUUGGACGUUGGUUGCGGAACUGGAAUUCUCUCUAUGUUUGCUGCUAAAGCCGGGGCAAAGAAGGUUCUUGGAGUUGAUCAGUCUGAAAUACUUUACCAGGCAAUGGAUAUCAUAAGACUAAAUAAACUUGAAGAUAGUAUUAUACUAAUUAAAGGAAAAAUUGAAGAAGUUCGUCUUCCUGUAGAAAAAGUGGAUGUUAUUAUAUCUGAGUGGAUGGGCUAUUUUCUUCUUUUUGAGUCUAUGUUAGAUUCUGUCCUUUAUGCAAAGAACAAAUACUUGGCAAAAGGAGGAUCGGUCUACCCUGACAUUUGCACUAUCAGCCUUGUGGCAGUAAGUGAUGUGAAUAAACAUGCUGAUAGAAUUGCCUUUUGGGAUGAUGUCUAUGGCUUCAACAUGUCCUGCAUGAAGAAGGCAGUUAUUCCAGAAGCUAUUGUGGAAGUGUUAGAUCCAAAGACUCUUAUCUCAGACCCCUGCAGUAUUAAGCGUAUAGAUUGCCAUACAACUUCUGUCUCGGAUUUGGAGUUUUCUUCAGAUUUUACCCUAAAAAUCACAAAGACAUCACUAUGCACGGCAAUUGCUGGCUACUUUGAUAUAUAUUUUGAGAAGAAUUGCCACAAAAGGGUCGUAUUCUCUACGGGCCCCCAGAGUACCAAAACACACUGGAAACAAACAAUAUUUCUUUUGGAAAAACCAUUUUCAGUUAAAGCAGGUGAAGCCUUGAAAGGAAAGAUCACAGUGUACAAGAAUAAGAAAGAUCCACGCUCUCUCAUUGUGACACUCACACUGAAUAACUCAACUCAGACUUAUGGUCUCCAGUAAAAUGGCCACAAAAGCACAACUAAUUUGCAGUUUUUAUUGUGGAGGAGGGAUGAGUAUGGGGUGGGUGGAGGGGUUUUAUGGGAGCACCUGGAUGACGGAUCCUUUGAAGCCAGAGAAGCGUGGUAGGUAGGAAUCUGAUAGAAUUCAGCUCCACCUGCAUAAUCACAUUCCUGGAAGUCUGGUCAGUGAGAUUCAACCAAAUGUAACCCCUCUGUUAAGUUUACCUUGAAAAUCAUUUAAAUUGGCCUAAGUUUGGAAUAGAGACAGUCUUUUAUUGUUUUUAAUAAGUUUCUUACUAUAAAUUUUAAAUACAAGUAAUUAGUUAUUUGGAUAGUUUUACUAAACUAGUACCUGUACACAAGGUAUUAACAUAUUUUAUUACAGAUUUCCCUUCUGAAGAGUAGUUUUAAUUGUAUCUGCUAGAAUAUCAGGAUAUGAUACAUUAAAAGAGCAAGCGUAAGGGAUUCGAAUGUGGAAGAGGGACCACACAGGUCACAUCUGCAGACAGCUUGGCUGAUUGUCCUGUAGUUCUGCUCUCACUUUAUAGCUGCUUCUCUCUUUGCAGAUAUUCUUUAGCAUCUAAUUUUCUAGUGUCGCCCAGGAAAUGUAGUUUCAAUACAUUUACCCUAGGUUUCAUACCAGUUUUUAAAGUUUGGGAUAAAUGUGUACUUAUUUAAUAAUACCUUUUUCAAACUAGAUUUGUAUGCAGAGUUAAAACAUGCAACUGUUAAUAUACUUAUAUCACUGUAUACAAUUGUCACUUACAGUGAUUGACUCAGUUUGAAACACAGAACAGAAAACAUCCAAUAAAAUGUGUACAGCAGCUAUUAGCAUUAUAAAAUGAUUUCAACAUAUUAAAGCCUUUUAAUAAAGUCAGAAGCAUUUUUUUUUAAAGUCUUAACAAAGGAAUCAUUUUUAAGAUCACAGGGAUUUGGAGGGGGAUGAAUAUAGCUCAGUGGUAGAGUGCAUGCUGAGCAUGUGCGAGGUCCUGGACUCAAUCCCCAGGACCUCCAUAAAAAAAAAAAAAGAUAACAGGGAUUUUAAGAAGUGGGUCACAUGCUUCUUUUCAGUUCAACAGCUGAUUCUUUUUCAAAACAAGACAUACACAGGCAGCAUAGCAAAGCGUUGAGAAGCGUGAGCUAUGGGAUCAGUUCGAGUCUUGGCUGCAGUUCUUACCUGCGUUUGUCUCAGUCAGGUCCCUUAACUUCUUUCUCUCUCUCUCGUGAAUAUGCCAUUUCACGCACUAAUACAUUUCAACUACGUAGAUCAGUGUCUGGCUCAGAGACAACAGUACAUGUUAGGUGAUAUUAUCAUCAUCAUCAUCAUACAGUGAGGGACGCCUCCUAAGGAUGCAUCUGCAUUAGAUCAGUUUGAGAUUGUCAACCUCAUCAGGUGCUACCCUCAUACAUGAGUGAGUGGGAAAAUUACAGCAGAAAUUAACAUUUAAUACAGCAAAAACUAUCAAAAAGAAAGUCUUCAGGUCUUUAUUAGACAACUGGACUUCUAGCAAUAGGAAGAAUAACCCCUUCAAAGGUGGUACCUCAGACCUCAGUCUAAGUCUUCCUGUUUCUGUUGGGCUAAACUAGCCGGCUUGUUUUCACCAUGAUUUGAAUUCAGACCAUUGCUGGAAAUGUGUAGUGCUGAUAAUAUAGCUCCGAGUGCUUUAAACUUUUGUCUGGAAUGGUUUCAUGUAUACAUUUGAGUAGGGUGUGGUGAUAAAAAUAAGCCCUUAAGAAGAUUUAAUGAAUUUUCAAAGUAAACAAAAACCAGCUAAGUGCUUUUCAAAAAUGAUUUUUCUUUAAAAUUCUUGUUUGAUUUUCAGGAUAUUUUCACCCAGUGGCUCUUUGGAUUUUCUUCUCCUGGUUGUAACUAGCCCAACCAUUGUUAGUGGCUCUCUGUUCUUUUCAGUUAGCCUCCCAGGCUGGAACAUUCUAGUUUGUGCACCUAAACAUUUUAUGGAAUGUGAGAAUCCAAAUGUUAGCUCUUUGAUUGGAAUUUCGGCCGUUAAACUGCUGCGGAAAAUAAGUCCUUCAAAGCCCUUGACAGUGAUAAAUGCAAUGUUCUUUUGUGCUGUGGCAGAUGGGUGUUUAUGGAUAGCAAUUUGCUCUGUCCCAAGGAUUUUAUUUCUAUAAGAAAAUAUAUUUCUCUCCUAUUUUCCUUUGUGAAAACUAACAUUUUAAUGCUGUACUUUGUGAAGUUCAUCCAAGUAUGAUGGUCAUCCCUGUUUGGUCGAGCAGUAUUUUCUAAACAGAGCAUUUUGGAAGGAGUGUUCUAAGAACACAGAACUGAGAGUGUACAGUAUUGCACAGACAAGGUGGUCCAAUAAGUAGCCCCAGCUGCUAGGAACCCACUUUGAAAUGAAUCAGGGAGCAGUCGUGUAACUUUGAAACAACUCCUGUUUGGGGAGGAAGGCAGGUAAUUUUGUCCUACAGAGUUACUUGCUUUCUUAUCACUUACUCUAGAUUAACCCAUCUGGUCCACCUGUGUCUUUCAGCAUUCUCUCUCUCUCUCGCUUCUUAAAAUGGAAGAUUUAAAAUAUGUUGUGCAUAGUCACCCAUUUGAGAUCCGUCUGCUAAUCUCAUCAGUCAGGCUAUCAGGUGGAGGAAAUAGGGUGGCGGUACUGCUGAGAGCUUUCAACAGGAAAAAUUAAAACAGGCUGAGACACCACUUAGCGUGUGCUGGCCAUUUAAUGAGCUGCUGGGCCGUAAUAGGCCCCAAACUUCCAGGUAUUCAGAUUUUUCUGUGUAGCAAGUAUCUCACAAAUAUUUAUCCAGUAUGCAGUACUGCCAUGGAGUUUCGAUCCCUUAUGAAAGGCAAGGUAUGUUUGAUAGCUGAAGCCAAAUAUUGCCUAUUACAGAGUUAGUGAACUGCAGCCUGGGGCCAAAUCCACCUCAUUGCUCAUUUUGUAAAUAAAAUCGUAUUGAAGCAGAGAUGGGUGAUACUAUAGGUUAAUACUUUUUCAUAUGACUCACUAAAUGGCCAUGGUGGAGAAGAUACACAACAGAACGCUAGGUUAUAAGGAUGGUUUCUUAAAACGUGCAGCUAAGCAGCUGGAGGUACUCCACUUACGCAGACCUAGAGGUUGAGCGAGACUUACCCUAAAUUUCUUUUAAAAUUUUGGUAUUAACAUUCAUGAAGCUGAUUCCAGUGUGACUGAAACUUUACAGCUGAUUAUCAGCUUCAUUUAGGAAGUUUUAAUAAGACCAGAGAAAUGGGCAAACAACUCUUCAAAGUUAGAGAUGGUUGAACUCCACCCACAAGCUACAAGCCAACUCAGCUAAUGACUUCUAAAAAAUGAAUGAGUCUUAAAAAAAGGAUUUAUGUGAAAUUCACCUAACUUACGGGUUUUUAAGAAGACUCGGCCCAAAACGAACUGCCCACGUUAGGAGACAUUUGAAGAAAUCGAUUUAUAUCAACACUUGUCAGUGUGCUUGAGGCUCCUCGAUGCCUUCUUUGCUUGGUUUUAGCUUAGAAUGCAGUGUUCCUGUUGUACUCAAGCACUAGACACUGUGGAAGGCAUGUGAAGUCCCUGCCCAGAUGGCAAAGCCGUACUGCUUUGGAGGCUACGUAUUUUUAAUGAUUUUGUGUCUAUCUUCUUGCCACAAAGUUAGGGCAAAGUUUUCCAAGCAGAAUGAUGAGUCAGUAAAGUACUUUUUAAAAGUCUUAGUAAUCCACUUGUCUUUUCUAAUAAAGUUUUGGGAGAAAAGAAAAGCUUUCAAAAGAAGCAGUUUUUGUAUAUUGCCUCAACAUCUUGGCUGAUGUGGUACAGUAAGCAUUCAUUUACACCUAGACUAUAGCUAAAUAUAUAUAUAUAAAUUGUCUGUCACUGGGUUAUUUAAAAUGAAGGUAAUUGACAGUCUAACAAAGACAGAAGAUAGUCUAACAAAUAGUAAAAGAGGCUGAAAUUUAAAUUCUAUUCACUCUAUGGAAUAUAAUACAUUCAGUAAAAAUUAUUAUGAAGUUCUCAUGGCAACAUAGAAAAGCUCUUAUGAAAAUGUUAGCUAAAAGAAGCAAGAUAACUGGAGGUACACUAUUUAUAAGAUAAAGCCCACAUUUGCUAGGAUUUUGAAAGAAGAGACAAAAAUUAAUUUGUUGGGGUGAUUGGAUUGAGUGACUUCUUCCUCUAAUAGGUGUACUUUCUGUAAUGUUAUGUAACUUCAGUGAGCUUUUAAAAACCACCUUCCCUCUCAUCCUACCUCCUCAUCUCCCCACCCUCUCAUUCCUUGAAGAUUUUGACUCCGAACUCACUGCCCCACAGUGCUCCUGCUUAACCAGUGAGUCGAGUGUCUCAUGUGGAUCAUCCUUCAUACCCUGACCUUCCGGCUCAGUGACCUCAUCCAGUGAUCUUGCUCUCCCCCUUAUCUCAGCCCCUCACUCCUCUGGUCAUCCUCUAGAACUCACCAGAACCCUGAACUCAAGUUCCUGCUUACAUCUCAAUAUUAAGUAUCAUUUUGACUACCUACCUUUUCAGCUCACUUUUUAGUAUCCCCAUUCAAUCAGCAAUCCUUCAGCUCCAUCAUGGCCAAAGUCCACUGACACAUACCACAUAUUCACUGUCUCUCACCUCUUCAUGUUUACACCGCCUGACUUGCCCAGCUUAAAACCCACAGUCCAUCGUUAUAAACACUCCCUUUCACGUAGCUGCAGCUUCCUUGACUCUCUUUCACUUUUCUGUACUCAUGGCUAAAUCACAAUCCAGUUUCAAAUCCAAAUCCAUGACUGCACCUGUGCAGCUCAGUGUGGCUGGAGGAAAACACUCACCAGUGCUGAUUGCUUUAGGCUUAAGUCUGUGACCACUAAUCUCAAGUGUCCAGAAGUCAUUCCUUAUUUCCCUGGUCCACUUAUCUCCUACUCUUCUCAGUGGCUACUUUCUACCUUCUCUCUUCCAACCUCCAGAACCUCCUCCCUCAUUCUUUCAGCAGAAGUCCUUGUUUCCUAUUUUACCAAGAAAAUAGAGCCUAUCUGAGGAGAAGUUCCACCGGUUUCCACACCGCACUCCCCAACCAACCUUGAUCUCUUCCCAUGUACUGCCUUCCCCUCAGAGAACUUCUGCAACUUCUGGCCCAGGGCGGCCCCUCUCCCUGUGUCCCCCACCCCACUUACUCAGUUGUUUAGACACUGCUUUUUGUCUCCCCUGUGUCCUCAGGUCUUCUCUCUACUGCUCUGUGAUCAACAUACAGAUAGGCUAUUGCUUCUCCUAUGUUAAAAAAAAAAAAAAAACCCUUUCAACUCCUUCCUGCUGUUGUCACAUUUUAAGCUUUCCCUUUGCGUUGAGACCACUCAAGAAGAGUUGUCUUUGUCGCUAUUUUCUCUCUUCCCCUUAUUUUUUAAACAACUGUAUUGAGGUCUAAUUUAUAAACAACAAAAUGCACACAUUUUAAGUGCACAGUAUAAUGAGCUUUGACAAAUGUAUGCAUAUAAUUAGCACCCAUAUUAAUAUUUAGAACGUUUUCUUCAUAGCAAAAAGUUUUCUUGCUCCUCUUGCAGUUAAAACUGGUCCCCACUCCCCUCCCCAGGUAAACACUAAUCUGAUUUCUAGCAAUAUAAAUUUGUUUUGCCUAUUUUAGAACAUCAUAUAAAUGGAAUCGUGUAGUAUAUAGUCCUUCAUUUCCAGCUUCUUUCAGCACAAUGUUUUUUGAGAUUCAUCCGUACUGAUGUGUGUCAGUAGUCCAUUUUAGUCCAUUUCUUUUUAUUGCUAGAUAUUAUUCCACAUUAUAAAUGGGAUUCUACUCAUUUGUUUAUCCACUCACCUGUUGGCGAACAUUUGGAUUAUUUCCAGGUUGUGGCUGUUAGGAAUAAAGUUGCUGUGUACAUUUGUGUACAAGUCUUUCUUAAGCCCCCUCUCAGCAGGACUUUUGCCUCCAACACUCCAUUGAAACUAUGCUUUUUAAGGUCACCAGUGAACUGCAUGUUGCUAAUUCCAAUGACGAAUUGUCAGCUCUCAGUUUUCUUGCUCUGCCAGUGGUGUUCAGUGUUGAUGAUCACUCUUCUAGAAACACUUUCCUCACUUUCCUCCUUUCUCUGCGGCAACUCUGCUGUUUCCUUUGUUGGUUUUUUCUCAACCGUUCACCUACAUGUUGGCACCUUAGUCCUGGGACCUUGUUUCUGUCCAUCUUCCAUCCCAUGGCGAUUUCAUCCUGUUUUAUGAUUUUAAAUAUGAAGACUCUGAUGAAUCCUAAAUGUUUACCUCCAGCCAUCUUUCUUCCACGGCAGCCUAUAUCCAACUGGCUUACGUGACAUCUCUACUUAGAUGUCUCCUGGGCAUCUCAAAAUUAACAUUCAAAACAAUUUCUGAUCGUCCCAUAACCUGGUUCCUGCUAUCUUCCUCCAUUCACUAAUGGAACUUCAUCUUUCUGUAGCUCAGGCCAGAAAACUUAGUCAUAAUCCUUGACCUCUUUCUUUCAUGCCACAUCCAAGCUGGCCAGCAAAUCUUAUAGAAUCUACCUUCAAAAUAAAUACAGAACCAAAAGAGUUCUCACUCCUUUCAUUACUGCCACGCUGGUCCAAACCACCAUCUUUCACUAAGAUCACUAGUUCUUAAAAUGUGGAUGCAAAAAAAAAAAAAAACCAUUUCCAGAAAGUCCAGAAGAUCAAACCUUUUUGUAAUAGUACUAAGCCAUUGUUUGCCUUUUUCACUGUAAUGACAUUUAUACUGAUAGUGCAAAAGCAAUUGUGGGUAAAAUAGCACAGAUCAAGGCACCAAACUACACUACUAGUCCUUGUGUUCUUCAUUGCCUGGUAAUUUCUUUAAAAUGUCCUUGAUGAAGCUGUAAAGAAAUACUAAUUUCAUUAAAUCUUGACCCUUGAGUACAUGUCUUUUUUGAUACUAUGUAUGAUACUGAUAAAGCACUGUUGUUGCAUGCUGCAGUAACAGUAUUUGUCUCCAGGAAAAGCACUUGAGUGAUUGUGAGCUGAAUUGGCCACUUUUUUCAUGGAUCAUCAUUUGUACCUGAAGUAAUGACUAAGAGACUAUGGCAGACAUUGUCCUGCAAAAGGAAAAAAAAAAUGAACUUAUCAGUUCAAACUGAUAGAUUUUGUUGGUCACGAUAAAUUUCAAGUUUUCAAGCUGAAAUUAGAGUUUUGGAAAACAUGUACCCACCACCAUGAGCUUGAGGGCUUCCCAGUUCUUAAAGACUGAGGUUAGUGGUGUAGGGGAGGAAAAAAAACUUUUUCCACUACCCUCUUAACUUCUAGACGGAGACCUCUGUAACAAAACAGAUUAACAAGAGAAAAGCAUCCAAAUUUGUUUGCUAUGUUUCACAUGACACAUGAGCCUUCAAAAGGAAAUAAACGAAGACCUGAAGAAACAGUUGAACUUGAACGUUUUAUGUUUUGAUGAAGAGUGGAAAAGAUGUGGGACGAUGUGACAGGAUACAGGGGGCAAAAUAGAAAAAAAGGAAAGAAAAAAAUUUUCCUUCACAUGUCAUUUCUCAGACUUUGAGCUUGGAAUAUUCACUAUGCCAAGGUGCCAUAUUUUCGGGUAGCAUGUCCUGAACCUGGUCAGUGGUAUACCUGAUCUGUGAUACUGUAUAGAAAAUGUGUCAACAUUUGGAAGAUCUGUGUAAUUCAGUGAAUAUUUCUGUCCCUCCUCCUCCACCACCAGAUGCAUCAUGUUAACAAAUACCCAUUCAAAGGGCAAGAUAAGCCAUUCAUCAUAUUUGAAUUUAGUCUGAAGAAGACUAUCUUUAUGAAGCCAUAUUUUUUCUUCAGACACCUCAACUCAAACAGCGUAUCAUAACAGACUGAAUGCAGAAGCCGCUAUGAUAAUCCAGCUGUGUUCAUCCAAACCAAAUAAUAGAUAUUUGUAAAAAUGCUAAACAUCACCACUCCUCUCACUAAAAAUUUUGUUUUUAAAAAUAUAGUUCUUUUCAUUAAAAAAAUGUUACUUCUGUAAACA